AUGGCAAUGGCUGAGCUAACUGCCGACACUUUGGAAAUAGAUGACGGUCGAGAUCCCUCGGUCCAAGAAUUCAUCAACAACACCCUCACAUCCCUCAUACACGGACUCUCACAGCCUCCGGCUGAGGCCAACAUCUCCAUCACCCUCAAGCGCAGAGCCAGCCCAACUUCUUGCAUCAUCAACCCCAUCACCGGAGCUUUGGAAGCGAGCCCGAAAGUCGAGACGCACAGGGAAUACUCUUGGCCAGGAAAGACGCCAUAUGAGGCCUGGAAAUUCACUGCCAUCCUUCGAAUUCUAGCUAUAUUGGAUCAAGCUAUUCGAACGGGCCAGCUAAUCUCCAAGCGAGACAUAUACUAUAUCGAUCCGGAAUUCUUCCGCGUGCAGUGUACCGUGGACCGCAUUGUCGAUGACCUGGCAUACACCAUCGGAGUGAACAGAACGGCAUUGAACGUGGAAGCGGCAGCAAAAGGACUGGUAACGGGCGACUUUCGGUUGAUCCGUGGACCGCAUAUUUUGAUCGAUGCGCAGUCUGUCACUGAGGACAGUUUGAUUCCUCGCGUAGAGGACGGAGACGAGAUUGAUCUUUCACGGGCCCGCUGGGUACUGGUCAUUGAGAAAGAGGCAGUUUUCCACCGACUCGCGCGACAUGUUCUGUCGCCAAACGAGCGACUGAACUCAGCGAUACUCGAGCAGGGGAAAGGAUACCCUGAUUUCAUGACACGAACCUUCCUGCGCGCCAUGUCCGACUCUGUAUCCAACCAGAGCAGACGCCCGCCCCGGUUCUAUGCCAUCACCGACGGUGAUCCCCAUGGCAUGGCUAUCAUGUCGACGUAUAAGUAUGGCUCGGCGGCACACUUGCACCAGAAUGCUCGGCUCAGUGUACCGAGACUGCAGUGGCUGGGUCUUCGAGUAACAGAUAUCAUAGCAGUUCCGGAGGUACUUGGUGAUACCGCCCUUCUUUCGCUGACGGCGCGAGACCGCAAGAAGAUCAUUGCUAUGCUUCGAAAUAGUCCUGUCUGGGCGAGUGAUGGACCGGAGCCAGAGUGGCGUGCUGAAUUGCAGCGGAUGCUGAUUUUGAAUCUGAAGGCGGAGAUUGAGAUCUUGUAUGGGUGCCCAGGGGGCUUGGAAGGGUGGAUUAAUCGGAGGAUGUUUCGGCAGGAGUAA